AUGGCCAAGGGAAACGGCAUUGUCAACAGCCACCCCAUCAAUGGGGGCUCACGGAACCAAGAGCCCCUUAAGCUGAGCGGUGCCCUUGGCCAGAUCAAGUCCAAGAUGGUGACUCCCAUCCUCGGUACUGAGUUUCCCGAUGCCCAUGUCGCCGAGUGGCUGAGAGCUCCUAACUCAGACGAUCUCAUCCGGGACCUCGCAAUCACCGGUAUGGCACGCCCAGAAGACGCUGCAGACCUUUCCCCCUAUGGUAUGAUACUAACCUGCAAAUGGAUAGCAUCGCGGCGUGGUGUGGUCUUCUUCCGUGGCCAAAUCGACCUGACCGACGAGCUGCAAAAGGAGCUCAUCCAACGCAUGGGCGAGCUGUCCGGCAAGCCCGCCGACUCGCACCUCCACAUCCACCCCUUGGUCGAAGGCAAUGCCGACGUGGACCACAAAGUCAACAUCAUCACCUCGGACAAGGCGCAGGGCGCAGCCGAGGACAUCUUCAAGAUCCAGGCUGACCGGCCCAUGGGCACACGCGGCAGCUGGCACGCUGAUAUCAGCUAUGAGCCUCAUCCGUCUGACUACUCGUCACUGAAAGUGGUCAAGAUGCCUGCGACAGGCGGAGAUACCAUGUGGGCAUCCUCGUACGAGAUCCUGGAGCGCAUCUCUCCAGCGUACCGUAAGUUCCUCGAGAGCCUCACAGUCACCAUGGCUCAGACGCGGUACGAGAGCGCAUGCAAGGCCAAGAACAUCAAGCUCUACACCGACGCGCGCGGUUCCCCGGCCAACGUGGGUACAGGCCUGGGAGCUGUGCACCCGAUGGUCCGCACCAACCCGGUGACCGGGUGGAAGGGCGUCUUUGGAAUCGGCGGAGACUUCAAGCAAGUCAAUGAGCUGGCGCCCGAUGAGAGCCGCCGCAUGCAGGACUGGCUUCUUCAACUGCUGGUGGAAAACCACGAUCUGCAAUUGAGGCAUCAGUGGAAGAACCCAUACGACAUUGCAAUCUGGGACAACCGCUCCGUGUUUCACAGUGCCAUCUUGGACCACGGCGGUAUGGGCCCCCGGACUGGGCAUCGCGUCGUCGGGGUCGGUGAGCGGGCGUAUUUCGAUCCUAACAGCAAGCUGAGGUCAGAGGCAUUGGCAGAGGAGAGGGCCAAUGCGUAG